AUGAAUUUGCGCUCCCGGAAUGUUAUGCUGUCUCUGCCGCGGGGCACAUGCUUUCUAAAUGCGUGACCUAUAGAAGUGGUAGCGCUCGGUAAACCGGUCUAAGGUCAGACCGGUGUAAUUAUGACAUAGGAACGUCCACUCGUAGAGGCAUUCGCGUCCAGAUACCCCACAGAAUGCUGGCCUAGGGUUCUUAUCACCAUCAUGUUACUGCCCCGUCUGCUCCGCGGGGGCUCCACACUCUCCGCGUGCGUCCGUCACCGCAGACCCCACUCGCUCAUGGCUGGUGCCAGGUGCCUACGGGUCCUCGUGGACAUGGACGGGGUGAUUGCGGACUUUGAGGGAGGAUUUCUGAAGAACUACAGAGCUCGCUACCCCAACGAACCUUACAUUGAACUAGAAGACCGCAGAGGAUUCUGGGUAUCCGAACAGUAUGAGAACCUGAAGCCGGGGUUAUACAAGAAAGCCACCAGUAUCUGGGAAACAAAGAAUUUCUUUCUAGACCUUGAUCCCAUUGAAGGUGCAGUCGAGGCAGUGAAGGAAAUGACCAACUUAUCAAACACGGAUGUCUUUAUAUGCACCAGCCCUAUAAAGCGCUACCAGUACUGCCCGUAUGAGAAGUACGCCUGGGUGGAGAAGCAUUUGGGACACGAAUUUCUGGAGAAAAUAGUUCUGACCAGAGACAAAACCGUGAUGUCUGCCGACGUUCUGAUCGAUGACCGCCCGGAUAUUACAGGGGCCGAGCAGAAUCCUAACUGGGAACAUAUCCUCUUUACCGCCUGUCACAACAAGCACCUGGAGCUCCCCCCACCCAGCAGGCGGCUGCCAUCUUGGAAUCACGACUGGAAGGCCAUCCUGGAUCUCAAACGAUCGGAGCUAGAAGCUGGUCACCGGGGAGCCCGUCAGAUGAGGGAUUAGCCAAUCAGCUCGUCCCGUACGGCAGCGGCCAACCGAUAUCGAAUGCCGUGCAUGUUGGAUGCGCAUGUUCAUAAACGUUCAGACCACUCGGGGAAUCAAUAUACUUCGACCUAUGCUGGUGACCGUCACACACUGUAUAGAGCAAAGUAUAGUAUGGCUGUCCGAAGAUGACCCCUUUAACCAGGGAUGUUACCGGUUCGCGUAUAGAGCAGGGCUCUGCCCUGCACGCUGCGUUUUGUAUAAGCAUCCCUGCUUCAGGGUGCCGUCCGGUCAGCCUGUUUUAUGUUUGUGAUUUUAUUUUACGUUUAUUAUUGAUAUAGGAGAAUGAUAUUCUUAGCAUAAAGCUCGAUAUUUGGAUAUAAUUUACUAAUAAUAAUAACCCAUCGUACAGCGCUGCGGAAUAUGAUGGCGCUAUAUAAAACAAUAUAUAAAAUAGUAAUAAGUCAGAUCCUGGAAAAUAUAAUUAAUUUUUAAAAGAAAAAAUGGAUACAGCUGUAUCAACCCAUCGGGAAACGCCGUCUUUGUAUUGGAGCAAGUUACAUAAGCUUUCGGGACCUCGGAGGUCUCUUCUUCAGAUGGAAUCGUUCAGCGUUCCGGAUGACCUCUGUGUUUGCACGAACAAAAAGA